AGUUUUCACAUAAUAUUAAAAUAAUUAUCAAAAACACUGAUUUCAUCCCUUCUAUAUAAACCUCUCAAAAACCCACUUCGUUUCCAUAGUUAGUCCGUACUCCAUCAAAACCAAACCAAGUUCAAUCAUCUGAGAGUAGUGCUGAUUUUCUUUGGCAAAAAGGAAAAGAAAAACGAUAUAUUUGGUCAAAAUGACUGAUUUCAGGAACAUGGGGCUGGACCCGGCGCAGCUGAUCGAGUUCACCCUCCACGACAUACUCGACUACAGCGAAGAGACGAGCGGCGGUCCGGGCGGCGAGGCCCACCACGCGCCAUCGCGCGCGUACGUGAGGGACGCGAAGGCGAUGGCGGCGACGCCGGCGGACGUGAAGGACACGCCGAACGCGUACGUGUUCGUGAUCGACAUGCCGGGGCUGAAGCAGGACCAAAUAAAGGUGCACGUGGAGGAGGAAAACGUGCUGGUGGUGAGUGGGGAGAGGAAGCGGGAGAGAGAGAAGGACCAGGGCGUCAAGUACCUCCGUAUGGAGAGGAGGCUUGGGAAAUACCUCAAGAAGUUCGUGCUUCCCGAGAACGCCGACACCGACAAGAUCUCUGCUUCUUACCAGGACGGCGUCCUCACCGUCACCAUCCAGAAGAAGCCACCGCCGGAGCCGAAGAAGCCCAAGACCAGCGAGGUCCAAGUCGCCUAG